AUGGAUAGGCCACCUGGCAAGCGGGACAGCAAGUUUUCAAGGAAAGCGGCAGAUGCUGAUGCUACCUACCCGCCGGUCGCUGGACGCGAGGGACUGAAAUCGCGCCUUGAUGGUAAUGAAGAAACCAAUAACGGCGUUCUCACGCUGCCGGAAUCACCUCAUCACGAAUCAACUCUUGCCGGCUUAAAAUUAGAUGAGACGCAGAUCAUCAAUGCUCAGCUUGACUCACCCAAUGUCGGCGUAAACUAUUUUACGCUCUAUCGUUAUGCAGACGUUUGGGAUUGCCUCAUCAUCACCAUCAGUGCUCUUUGCGCUAUUGCUGCUGGUGCUAUACUUCCUCUAUUAUCCAUACUGUUUGGGCAAUUAACAUCGGCAUUUCAGAGGAUAUCUCUUAAUACUAUAGCGUAUCAUGAUUUUGAGGCGCAAUUGAAUAAGAAUGUUCUGUACUUUGUCUACAUCGGCAUUGCCGAAUUCGCAACAGUCUACGUCUCGACUGUAGGUUUUAUAUAUACCGGAGAGCAUAUCACUCAAAAAAUUCGGCAAGAAUAUCUCAAAGCUAUUCUUCGUCAGAAUAUUGCCUUUUUCGAUAAUCUUGGAGCUGGUGAGAUUACCACACGCAUAACCGCUGACACCAAUCUCAUUCAAGAUGGCAUAUCUCAAAAGAUUGGCCUUACUCUCACAGCAAUUGCCACAUUUAUUACCGCAUUCAUCAUUGCCUACGCUACAUAUUGGAAACUGGCCCUCAUCUGUACAUCAACAAUUGUAUGCUUGCUACUGAUCAUGAGUGGAGGUUCUAAUUUCAUUAUUCAUUACAGUAAGCUGUCGUUUCAAAGCCUUGCCAACGGCAGCACUGUUGCCGAAGAAGUCAUAAGCUCUAUCCGAACGGCCACCGCGUUUGGAACCCACGAUAGGCUUGCACGACAAUAUGAUUCGCAUUUAAUUGCAGCUGAAAGAUCCGGUAUCAAAAUGCAAAUCAUCCAAGCGGUCAUGAUCGGCUCUCUUUACGCUAUAAUGUUCUGGAACUAUGGUCUGGGAUUUUGGCAAGGAUCGCGCUUUCUAGUCAAUGGGGAGGCCGACAUUGGUCAGAUUUUGACCAUCCUUAUGGCUAUUCUCACCGGUUCUUACUCACUUGGAAACGUUGCUCCGAACAGCCAGGCUUUCAAUAGCGCUGUGGCUGCCGCAGCCAAAAUAUACAGCACUAUUGAUCGCCAAUCGCCUCUUGAUCCAGCGGCUGAAGACGGAGAAACGCUCAAACAUGUUGAGGGUACCCUUGAACUACGAAACGUAAAACACAGAUAUCCUUCUCGACCUGAUAUCCUUGUGAUGGAUGACAUAAGUGUACUCAUUCCAGCUGGUCGUACAACUGCACUUGUGGGACCUUCUGGCUCUGGGAAGAGCACUAUUAUCGGGCUGGUAGAACGAUUUUACAAUCCCGUAGGCGGCGAGAUCCUCCUGGAUGGGCAUAACAUACAGUCCUUAAACCUUCGGUGGCUUCGUAACAAAAUCUCGCUCGUUGGACAAGAGCCUGUCCUCUUUUCCGCUACGAUUUUUGAAAAUAUAAAGUUUGGUCUGACCGGCACUCCAUUCGAGAAUGAGCCCGAAGAGGCGAAACAAAAUCGGAUUGAAGAAGCGGCCAAAAUGGCCAACGCACACAAAUUUAUUACUUCUCUGCCGGAUGGGUAUGGCACGCAUGUUGGGGAACGAGGCUUCUUGCUCUCAGGCGGCCAAAAACAGCGAAUUGCUAUUGCUCGUGCGAUCGUUGGAGACCCGAAGAUUCUAUUACUGGAUGAAGCCACGUCGGCGCUAGACACCAAAUCUGAAGAAAUUGUACAGGCUGCUCUCGACAAAGCUGCCGAGGGGCGCACCACUAUCACAAUUGCACAUCGACUAUCCACCAUAAAAACGGCCGAUAAUAUUGUCGUUGUAGUUGAUGGUAAGAUCGCGGAACAAGGGACUCAUGAAGAAUUACUCUGCGCACAAGGCGAAUAUUUCAACCUCGUGGAAGCCCAGAAGUCUGGUAACCUUAACGAAGCCCAAGGCAAGAGAAAAGCGUUUGUGGAAAAAGAAGAAGCCGCAGAAUCCGGUAUUUCUAUAGACAAUAUUUCCAGGGUCCCAACAUCUCAAAGCGGAGUAUCCGAGACGACGACGUACAAUGAAAAGUCAAUGGCAACACCCAGGCAGCAAAAUUUGGCCAACCAAUCAAUCGUCUCUCAGACUGAAAAGAUGACCGAGGCUGUAAAUUAUCUAUUACCAUGGAACCUGAUCAAGUUCACCGCGUCUUUUAAUCGGCCUGAGCUUAUAUUGAUUAUCAUUGGCCUUGCCUUUGCAAUCUUGGCUGGCUGUGGCCAGCCCUCUCAGGCUGUUAUCUAUUCCAAGGGAAUCAAUACAUUGGCACUACCACCGCCCCUUUACAAGAAGCUCAGGCAGGAUGCCAAUUUUUGGUCUCUCAUGUUAUUUAUCCUCGGUAUAGCCCAAUUUGUCCUCUUUUCUAUACAAGGCGUCUGUUUUGGAAUCAGCUCAGAAAGGUUACUUCGCCGCACUAGGAGCAAAACUUUCAGGGUUAUACUACGACAAGAUACGACUUUUUUUGACGAACAUACCACUGGCGCUCUGACAUCCUUUCUCUCCACUGAACCCAAAUACCUGUCAGGCAUCAGUGGAGUAGUACUUGGCACUAUUCUAAUGGUGUCGACGACGCUGACGGCAUCAAUGGUCGUUGCCCUAGCCAUUGGAUGGAAACUGGCUUUAGUAUGUAUCUCCAUCGUGCCUGUACUCUUGUUUUGUGGCUUUUGCAGGGUCUCGAUGCUAGCUCGAUUCCAAGCCCAGUCCAAGAAGGCCUACGAAAGGUCCGCCAGCUAUGCUUGCGAGGCAACCUCGGCUAUCCGCACAGUGGCUUCGCUCUGUCGUGAAGACGAUGUUUUCGCCACCUACAAAGCCCAGCUAGAUGAUCAAGCACGAACUAGUUUUUUUUCCGUGCUGAAGUCCUCGACUUUUUAUGCGUUAUCACAAGCACUUACUUUUUUUUGCAUGGCCUUGGGAUUUUGGUAUGGUGGCACACUACUCGGUAAGCACGAGUAUACCAUUUUCCAAUUUUUCGUCUGCUUCAGCGAAGUCAUAUAUGGCGCUCAAGCCGCAGGCUCAGUCUUCUCCAACGCUCCAGAUAUCGGAAAAGCCAAGAAUGCAGCUGCUGAGCUGAAAAAUGUCUUCGACCGCAAACCCUCGAUUGACGUAUGGUCUAAGGAAGGCGAUAACAUCGACAACGUUGCAGGAUCUAUUGAAUUCCGCAACGUGCACUUCAGAUAUCCCACACGCCCCACACAGCCCGUGCUUUCUGGUCUUAACCUGACGGUUAAACCUGGGCAGUUCGUGGCUUUGGUUGGCGCCAGUGGAUGUGGGAAGAGUACAACGAUUGCGCUACUUGAGCGCUUCUACGAUGCACUUUCGGGUUCUAUUUAUGUCGACGGCAAGGAUAUUUCACACCUGAAUGUCAAUUCAUAUCGAAGUCAUCUUGCUCUCGUCAGUCAAGAGCCAACGCUUUAUCAAGGCACUAUUCGCAGCAAUAUUCUCCUCGGCAGCAACGAUCUGAGCGUGACGGAGGAGCAGGUGAUAAAGGUUUGUAAAGAUGCCAACAUAUAUGACUUCAUUCUUUCGCUCCCAGAGGGCUUGGACACACUGGUUGGUAACAAGGGUGGCAUGUUAUCCGGUGGACAGAAACAGCGUGUUGCCAUUGCCCGGGCGCUUCUUCGAGAUCCAAAAAUCCUUUUACUUGAUGAAGCAACCUCGGCUCUUGACUCGGAGUCAGAGCGAGUGGUCCAAGCAGCUUUAGAUGCUGCGAUGCGAGACCGCACAACCAUCGCAGUGGCUCAUCGUCUCAGUACGAUUCAAAAGGCAGACGUCAUUUACGUAUUCGACCAAGGCCGUAUUGUAGAAAGCGGAACUCAUCAUCAGCUAAUAAAACAGAAGGGUCGCUACCAUGAGCUGGUGUAUCUGCAAAGCAUCGAAGAUUUGGCCUAG